AAACAGGGAGCUAUCAUCGAAGUAUGCACCACCAUGGGAAAGGAGUGUACUCAGGCACUUUCUCAGGUACCCUCAACCCAGCACUGCAGGACAGGCAGGGACGGCCAAAACGGGAUAUCUCAACAAUAAUCCACAUACUUAAUGACCUCUUGUGUGCCACACCACAGUAUCGUCGCCACAACACCAGCAUUACCCUUAGUUCAACAACACCCUCCAGGACCAAGAGUUCAGGGAGCAGUGCACCCAAGGAGAAGAAGCCACUGAAUACCUCCUCAACAGACAUCUCACAAUCUCAGGAGGACAUGAUGGAGGCAAACAGGAGGAAAGCUGUUGAUGAACCACAAGCUGGUGACCAGGAUUCAGGUGAUGAGAACCAAGCAAUGCGAACAAAAGUGGAGCAGCUACGCCUAAUCAUGGAGCAGCGACGGGCCCGGCGCAAAGCUCGGCGCGAUGCCCGGGCACGCCCUUACCCACACACUGCUGCAUCAUGGGCCACAGACACCACAGUGCCUGCUGUUGUCACCACAACCAGCACAGCAGCAGCAUCUGCUACUCAAGCAAUGGAUGUGGAUGGAGGAGAUACUGAUGGUACUGAUCCCACCACCCUUUGUGAGCUCAACUCAGAGACUGUAGUGGCUUAAUGAUGGCCCAUCAUUAGAAGGAUGUUAGGUUAAUGUGUAGGGAGGAUUUGCCACUGUGAAUUGUUUAGAUGGAUUUAGGUGUAAGUGAUGAGUAUACCUUUGCACAACUGCCUAUAACCCAAGGUGACUCAAUUUAGCCAAGGUGGUCAAGCCUUUAUGUUGAAAGUCUUGUCAUUUGGCAGAAAGUAAGAAAAUGCAAGGUCUGUUGUCUGUGAUUUAGGGUUUGACUGUGUUGCAGCCAAACUGUGACACAAAAGCAGUGUGUGAUGAUGUCUUCCAUAGUUGGAAAAGAUGAGUGUUCCAGAUCAAUCAAGGAAGGAGACUGUGCUGAACUUGAGUAAUAAAUUGUUAUAGCACUGUUUGUCUAAACUACCUUGAGGAGAGAGACAAUAAUGUCCGGGGGUUGAUUUUAAAAAAGGAAAA